CUUCAUCUUUCUAAUAUCCCACGAAAAAACAGCAGCACCUGCCUCCUUACGCCAAAUUCUAAUGGCUUCUUCUUCUUCUUCUUCUUCUUCUUCUUCUUCUUCUUCGAAACCCAAGAGAAAUUACGAUGUUUUCUUGAGUUUCAGAGGCACCGAUGUUCGCAAAAAUUUCCUCGGUCAUCUCUACACAGCUCUAGACCAAAAUGGUAUAUAUACUUAUAUUGACAGUGAGGAACUGAGGAAAGGAGAGCAAAUAUCACAAGCGCUCCCAAAGGCGAUUGAGGAAUCGCAAAUCGCGAUCAUUGUUUUCUCUGAAGACUAUGCUUCCUCACAGUGGUGUUUGGAAGAGGUGGCGAAAAUCAUGGAAUGCAAGGCACAAAAGGACAUGAUUGUGUUGCCGGUGUUUUACAAAGUGGAGCCAAGAGAAGUGAGAAAGAGUUAUGGAAAAGCUAUGAUUAAGCAUGAGUCCAAGUUUGGGAAGAACUCAGAGAAAGUGAACAAAUGGAAGGAGGCUCUCUUUAAUGCCGGUAGCUUGUCUGGGUGGGACUUGAAUGAUGGAGAUGAAGCGAAGCUAAUAAAGAGGAUUGUGAAGGAGAUCUGUAGGCAACUAGACCGAAUACCCCUACAUGUUGCUAAGCAUCCAGUUGGGAUUCAUCCUCGAGUGGAAAAGCUGGUAUCAAUGUUAAGUCUUGAGUCCGAUGAUGUUCUCAUGAUAGGAUUAUGGGGACCGGGAGGUAUAGGCAAGACAACUUUAGCGAAAGCCCUUCACAAUGCCAUUUUUAGACAAUUUGAGGGUUCUUGUUUUUUAGCAAAUGUUCGAGAAGCUUCAAAAGAUUCCAAGGAUUUAGUUCCUUUGCAAGAAAAAUUGUUGUCCAAGAUAUUGUUGGGGAAAAGAUUCACGGUGUUUAGUGUUGAUGAAGGUAUAAAUUUGAUUCAAUAUAGACUUUGCUAUAAAAAAGUUCUCCUUGUUCUCGAUGAUGUCAAUGAUGUAAAACAAUUAAAUGCUUUAGCUGGAGAUUGUGAGUGGUUUGGUAGAGGAAGCAGGAUCAUCUUUACUACAAGAGAUAAACAUUUGCUAACUUCCCAUGGGAUAGAUAUAGAUCACAUUUAUGAGGUUAAAACUUUGGAGCAUUGUGAAGCUUUUGAACUUUUCAAUAGGCAUGCUUUUCUAAGAAGCAACAAAGGAGUAAUACAGAGGGAUCUAGUGGAUAGUGCUUUGGAUUAUGCUAAUGGUCUUCCACUAGCACUUGAGGUAUUUGGGUCUUUCCUAUGUGGUAGAGGAGAACGUGAGUGGAAAAGUGCCUUGAACAAUCUUGCGGAUAGUCCUAACAAAAACAUUAAUGACGUUCUUAAGUUGAGUUACGAGGGACUAGAGGACUAUGCAAAGGAUAUCUUCCUUGAUAUUGCCUGCUUCUUCAAGGGGAAAUCUACAGAAUACAUUAUGAAAAUUCUUGAUUGUUGCGACUUUAAAACAAUUAUUGGAGUACAAGUUCUCAUUGAGAAGUCCUUGAUAAUUGAAGAGAAUUGGACCCUACAGAUGCAUGACUUGAUUCAAUUGAUGGGCACGGAUAUUGUUAAACAAGAAUGUCGUGAUGAUCCUGGAAGACGUAGUAGGAUAUGGCUUAAUGAUGAUAUUCAUGAUGUUUUGUCCGGGGGCAUGGGAACAAAUGCAGUAAAAGCCAUAGUUUUGGAUUUACCCAAGACCGAAGCGAUAUACAUUGGUCCUAAUGCAUUUAAAAACAUGAGAAGAUUGAGGAUGCUCAUCAUGAUAAAUGUGCAUAACUCUUUUCAAGGUCCCGUCCAUCUUCCUAAUGAACUAAGAUGGUUUGAAUGGCCUGAAUGUCCUCCUUGGAUUCCGGAAUUUUUCUCUGGUCCAAAGAAGUUAGUUGGACUGGAUCUGCACAAAAGCAACAUCCCUAUAGUGAGGGAGCAAUUCAAGGACUUCAAAAAUUGAAGUUCAUCAAUCUCAGUGAAUGCCAAUCAGUAGUUUGUAUGCCGGAUCUUGAUUGUACUCCAAAUCUUGAGGAAUUGGAUCUCCACGGAUGC